AUGGCGUCAGCUAUCCUGGCUUUGUACAUGAUUGUCCGGGCACUGGCUGUGUCCCCGCCCUCGAUUUGGGAGGGCUCGCCCGUCGAAUCUGUACGCUGGUUGCCAACCGGUGCCGCCCUUGUUUCUGGCUCGGAUGACCUGACGGUGCGCACAUGGAACGCCAGCACCGGUCAGAGUCUGCAAAUUUUCUCCGGUCAUACAGACACGGUUUGGUCGGUAGCCCCGAGUCCGGACGGCAAUCACAUCGUCUCGUGCAGCGCAGAUCUGACUGUUAGAAUCUGGGAUGCAGCCACAGGGAAGUGUCUGCACACUCUUACGGGCCACACGGCUCAGGUGCGAUCGGUGGCUUACAGUCCAGAUGCCAAGACCGUCGCGUCUGGCGGUUGGGACCAUACCGUCAAGAUCUGGGAUGCUAGCACCGGUAGCUGCUUGCAGACGCUGAAGGGUCACAAAAACGACGUUUGGUCAGUUGCUUACAGUCCAGAUAGCAAAUACCUUGCCUCUGGAAGUGCAGACCGUUCCAUCAAGAUUUGGGAUCUCGCCACUGGGCGAUGCCUGCGAACCUUGCGAGGUCAUAAGGAUUAUCUUCGGUCGGUGGUCUACAGCCCAGAUGGCGCACACCUCUUGUCUGGCAGUGACGACCGCACUGUCAAGGUCUGGGAUGCAGAAAACGGUACCUGCCUUCUGACUCUCACUGGCCACACCUAUUAUGUCUGGUCCGUAGCCUACAGCCCCGAUGGCAAGCAAAUCGCCUCUGGCAGUUGGGACCAAAGCAUCAAGAUUUGGGAUGCUUUCUCUGGCAAGUGCCUGCGCACCCUCACCGGUCACAAGGACGUGGUGGACUCCGUGUCCUACUCCCCAGAUGGCUCUCGAGUUGCCUCGGGCAGUGAUGACGGCUCCAUCCGGACUUGGCACCCGAGCAUCGAAUCCGAGCCCAGGGUGAGUUUUGACAGCCAGACCGAGAGUAAGACCACGGGGAAGGGGGUGGAGGUGCUGGUGUGA